AUGAACGCAGAACUUGAGAGCGACUUCCUGAAUGAUUUCGUCCCCCUUAGGGUCGCCAUUGUGGGUGCCGGCAUCGCAGGCCUGACAACCGCCAAGUCCCUCCGCCACUUCUACCCCAAGGAGGCAGUCGAAAUCAAGAUCUACGACAAGGCCACCAAGCUCAGCGAGGUCGGCGCCAGCAUCGGCGUCCACACCAGCGGCCUCAGGAUCCUCGACAAGCUCGGCGUCCACGCCGCCCUGGACGAGUCCAUCUGCAUCCGCCAGUCCAGCGGCUCGCCCAUCGCCUUCCGGCACUGGCUGACGGAUGAGGUCCUCGGCAUGCAGGACAGCAAGGUCGAGGGCGGAGUGGAGGAGAAGUACCGCCCGGCCAGAUUCCACCGGGCCCACCUGCAGCAAGUGCUCAUCGAGGCGCUCCCCAGCGAUGUUGAGUUGAGGUUGGCGACGAGGCUGGUGAGGACGACCGUCAAUCCGGGCAGCGACGACCCCGUCACGUUGUCGUUUGAGGACGGUACUAGCGAGACCGCGGACUUGCUGAUUGCGGGAGACGGCGUGUACUCCAAGAUCAGGAGCAGCUACGUUCCCGAUGCUGAGGUGAAGUGGCUCGGCAUGAUCGCCUUCCGGGCGGCAUUUGACGCUGCCUUGGUCAAGGACAUUGAAGGUCUGCCUGCUGAUGCUGUCCGGUGGAGUGGUCCCGAUGACAGGAACUUCGUUUCAGGAAGGCUAGGCAAGGGCAAGUAUGCCAUUGUUGCACUACACAACGCCGACCCCAAUGACCCGAGAGACCCUUUCUGCGGUGCGGAUAAGGACUGGAACCCGAUUGUCCAAGGCGUGGCCAACGCUGCCCCCUACAUCAAAACGUACCCCAUGUGUGCCGUCACACCCCUUGACUCCUUCAUCUUCGACGGCCACGUGGCCCUCCUCGGCGACGCAGCCCACGCACACGGCGGCGGCGUCGCGAUCGGCGGCUCCCUCGCCAUCAACGACGCCUACGCGUUCGCCCUCGCGCUGACCCACGCCUGGCCUCCCACCGACGGUACCUCGACGACGACUCACGCGCCACCGAAGCCCACCGUAGAACAGCUGGACAGGGCUCUCAAGUUGUACGACGAGACUCGACGGCCGCUCGUGAACAGGCUCCUAGCCGGUGUCCACGCCCUCGCGCAGAAGAGGAGGUGGAUGGCGGAGAAGAAGACUGUCGACGGCAAAGGGGAGUCGGAUGAGCUGCUUAGGGCCCGGAUCGCCAACCGGCCGGAUCUAAGCUGGCUGACGGAGCAUGAUGUCGAGGCCGAGUUUGACAAAGUCGAACUCAGUAAGAAGGUCAACACCACCCUGGCCGGUACCGUUUUCUUGUUAACAGCGGCGACAUACUGGAUCCUGAUGAGAUUUACACCGGAUUUGUCACACGGAAUCGCCUUGCCUCCGAAAUUUCUGGAGGAUAACAUCGCCGCCGUUCUCUCAAAGACCUGGCUGAAAAAGUACAUGGGACCUUCGACGGAGGAAUUCCCCGAGGAAGUGCAAAAGUUGCGCUGGGUACUCUUCCGCAAAUCUUCCGCAGACACAACAUUAAAAAACCCACCCACCGGCCGGGGUGCCAAGUUCUAUGCGAUCCAGGGCUACAGCGAGGUUCCAGCACGGUCUCCACCGGAACCCAUUCAACCUAGCACAAAAAGUUCCGUUAAGAUCAGAACGUUCUCACCAGUUAUAAGGAAUCUGGUCCAAGUUGCUGUAUGGAAUUCCGUCAGUUUCUGGUUGGUCCUGGUCAUGGUUACAAAUACCAUCGUCUACAAUGGGUUUACGACCAACAACUGGACUCAAGACGGUAAAUUACGAUCGAUCUUGGUUUGCAUAUAUGCCUUGGCCAACUUUGUGUCUCAGCUGCGCGAGUCUCACCCCAAGGCUCGCACCACAGACAAAACCGAAUCUGAUUUCGACAAGUUCACGAAGCCGGUGCUCGACGCAGAAUUGAAGGCAUAUGAAAAGCCUGCCGAAAAAGCGCCCGAAAAGAUGCUCGCCAACAUUGCCGCCCUCCUCGCCAUCUGCCUUGCGACCGCUCUGGCGCCGUGGACUUCGAUGGAUAAGAACGACGCGACCGCGGCCCAGCUUGGAUCCUACGCCCUACUCCUGACAACCAGCACCGGCUUGUUUGCCAUCACAAGCAUCCUCGGUCAGCUGAAAAAGCCAACAGAAUCAGCAAGGACGCUUCUCAAGCUACAAGAACGGACGAUCGAGGUUGCUGCCAUGAACACAAAUUAUGCGAAUGGAGGGUUCAAUAUUAAACCGCCGAUAAUGUUCUCUGAGGGCGUCGAGGGCCAGCUUGAAGUCACCCGGAAGGGCCUCUGGCGCCUGGCGAGUCUCGGGCACAAGCUGAGUUUCAUCCUCUUGGGUCCGGGUCUGAUGCUCAUUCCACGACUCCAUCGGGAUUGUACCGACGACGCAGUGAUCUCUUUCAAGGUACGCAGCGUGGACUUCAUUCUCACGACCAUUUUCAAGAAGUCUACUAGUCCUUCUGCUCGAUUCCUAGCGCGUCUUGCUCCUCAGCCAGAAUCAAAGGAUUAG